AUGUGCUUCGGAUGUGUUCCCUACCGCGCCCUGGUGGUCGAGGACGAUCCCAAGCCAGAGGCGAAGAAGCCCAAUAGGCAGUGGUACAUGGUACGGCCUGGUGAUGGAUUCUACCCUGUCAAUGUAAGUUCCCAGCUGUCCAACAACAGCCGUCUUGUUCCCUCUGAUACUGCCUGGCCAUCUCAAGUCCUUGUCUAUCACCUACAAAGCGAGCCAGGGGUCAUUUCAUAUCCAUAUCCCUUUGCUGGCGCCAUGGGCCAGUUCUUUCAAUAUGGCUCGGUCGAUCCGAGCCGAUCGAGAUAUUCAACCUGUCCGCAGGUUCAACCUGGAAAUGAGCCCACUGUCUACACAUAUGUGCCUCCUCAGCUGCAGCAAAAUAUUCAGGUUGGCACAGGCAAUCCCACUGGGCCUCCUCCUCCUCCACCACCAGCUUCCGCCAAUGUCUUGCCAAACGGUUGUCUUAAUGGAGGCCCCCCCGGAACAGCCCAUUCUGUUUCCCAAACCAUUCAAUUUGGACCGGUUGGAUUGACCCAGCAUAUUUCAAAUGGCCAUAUUGUGCCAUACAUCUCCCCAGCACCUCUUCGCCCGACCUACCAGGUUCCAGCAGGUACAGUUCCCUGGAUUGGUCCGACUCGCGCCGAAGUUGACGCGCAGAACAUUGCAGUUGCCAGAGCCACUGGCGCGAUGAGGCCCCAGAGCAUGGUGCCUUACCGCCUGGCUGAGGGCCAACAGUGGUGGUGUCGCGAAGUCGAUGGCUCCUACACCCUUCGAACCACGAAUGACAUUAUGGAGAACUUGCAACCUGGGUAUUGGGCAUACUCAUCUUCCGGUUAUCCUUAUUUCAUUCGCCAGGCUGCCUGA